AUGACUUCCCAGAAGGCCAACGAACCCCCGAGUCCUUCCGCAUCGUCAAUAUUCUUGCCUCUAGGGAGACGGGGCUCCCGCAGCUCUCUGUCUACCCAAGCCGAACGCGAGACCUUAACGGAGGCCCUGGACCAAAUUCAUUCUGCUGCGUAUCAAUCACACUCCCUUACAGUGUUCAAUGAGUUUGCCAAUCCUUCAACCUCGUCGUCAGUCGUUGAAAACAACAACGUGCAGAAUGAUUCGCAAGGUGGACUGAGUGGACUAUAUAGCCGGUUACGAGCGUCGGUUGGCGGUGCGAAGGAAAGUGGUACCUCAGGACGACGAGUUGAUGGAGGCUCUACUCCUGUGGUCAGACAAGCAGGGGGCGAAGGGAGUGUGGUGGCUGUGAAUGAUUUUCAAACUUCAAACCCUGGUUCGGCUCAUGCUUCUAAAAUACACACCCCUUCAAUUGGAGCUCUGUCACCCGCGACAGAGUCGUUCAACGCCGCCCCAAGCCUCAAGAAUAGCAAGCUCGUAUCAAAACCGAGCAGUAUUUCUUCGUCCAAGACAUCCGUAUCUUCGACGCCCGCAGCCAGGUCGCCUGUGCCGCCCCUUACUAAAGCGACAGACCCUACAGUUACCGAGUUGAAUGUCAGCGCUGCUCACGAUAGUAGCCGAAACCUUGAAUCAAGCAGUGCAAAUCAGUCACUCAAAAAGGAGCAGGGCGCUAUCCAGCAAAGUGAUCCUCUACGAUCUGCCGAAGCCGAGAAUGUUGACGGCAUAUCAAGCCGGCGGUCUUACUCUCCUGUCAUGUCCUCGAAAUUACCCAACUCCAACCGUGAUAUCUCGAACCCGAAGGAUCCGUACCUUAAGUCGAUCUCCGGAAACUCUGUGCCAGCGAAUGAUAAGUCGGCGAGGAUGUUUGAUCGUCGAGAUCUUACUGAACUGGACACAUCGGUCGGUGGUUCGCGAAAUCUGUCCGAAAGCAAUGACGAAGUUCCUAAUACAGCACAAGAGGAUGUCCUUACGACUUCUUCAAGCUCUAUUACUGCCGAUGGGUCGACGGCUCCAACCUCUGCGGGUGGUAGCAUGUCUCGGGAGUUAGAUGAUCAUCCACCUUCGCACAACUGGCACGUCUCGAUCACACCGUCAUCAGUCGUUUCGCUUGAAGAUCGCGACGUGAAAAGCCCUGUCCCUUCGAAGCUUUCUAUUGAUAGGCCCCAGGAUAAACUCGUCAACAGGGUCAGCACCAGUCGUUUACCCGGAUAUGUUAUGUCUAGAGCAUCAUCUAGUGAGACGGCUACUACCAACUCGGCAGUAAUGGGUUAUACUGCGCAGCCUUAUCGUCACCAAGCUACCAACAGGGGCACGAGUACUCCGAGUAGCACAUUCAAUCAAUUGAGAAGCAAACUGCUGAGCAAGGAGUUUUGGAUGCGAGAUGAGAAUGCCAAGGACUGCUUUUUGUGUGGAGAGCCUUUCACCACUUUCCGUCGAAAGCACCAUUGCCGUACCUGUGGACAGAUUUUUGAUUCAAAAUGCACAUCUCUUAUUCCGGGAGUUUAUUUUGGCCAAGGCAGCUCCGUCAGAGUCUGUAAGCCUUGUGAAGAUAUGAUCAAUUCGCGCGAAUACGACUCAUCGGAUCUAUCAGACAUUGAGCAAAGCCCCAUAACCACUGUAAAUCCGGGACAUCUGGAAUUCCCAUUCGUUGGGUCGCCGGUAAGGGACGACGAAGACGACUCAUCUUCGAUCCGAUCUCAAUCUAUAGAACACGUGUUGAAGACACCAACUAUGGCAAUUCCUGCGACAAGGCGUGUUAACGAGAGUGGUAAUCGUCGCUCUGCAGUCCUAGAGAUUGGCUCUGAACGACCUUUGACUCGCCCGACAUCGUCUAGGUCCCUAAGAUCGUCGGCAAGCCUAAGGAGCCAUCCAAUGGGGCACAAAAGACAUCAUUCACGGCAACAACAUAUACGCGGGUUCAAAUCUUACCAUGAAGAUCGAGCGCCAUUUCAACAACGCCGUCAUUUAGAAGAUGCCAAUAAUGCAGAUCGGCUACCUGCUUUUCAUCGUGACAAUAUCAUUGACCCAGAUCUUGCUCAAUACUUAUCAGAUGAUGCCUCUAGUGGCGACGAGCAACCAAAUUUACUUAGCGUCACCUCAGACACUAAUCUUGCUAAAAGCAGUGGGGAACACGAACGAGCUACUUUUGGUGGUCUUCUCGCAGCUGUAAAGAAAGGUCGCUCCCGCUUCAGUGACCGCAGUACUGCAAAUGGUUCGGUCCCUAUACGGGAUGGAGAUGAUGCUAGUAUGACCAGCUCCAAAGCCGUCAACUUACCACGCAAUUCUCGAAGGCGAAACCUCAGCAUUGCUAGUAGUGUUCACCAACGGCCGUCACCUCGAUUGUCUAAAGAUAAUCCGUUACUGUUCCACGACCAUCACGCGCCUAGCGCCUCCCAGCUAGUUGGCCCGUCAUCAACGAGCGGCUUCAAGAUGACAAGAAGCUCAUCUAUGAGGGGAUCUAGUGCCCCGGCCAUUGAAUUGAACCGGUUGAGUCUAGAGCAUGUCCGAAAGCUACUUCGUCAACUCUUGGAAGACUCGUCAAUACCACACGUCAAUAGCUGGGAAACUGCCCUGUUGCCGAUCCUACUCAAGGCUACGGAUGACGUUGAUCCUGAUGUGCAGAGAGGGGAUGAUAUGGAUAUCCGACAUUACGUGAAACUCAAGAAAAUACCUGGCGGACGCCCUGGUGAUACGUCUUAUGUUUCGGGGUUAGUCUUCACGAAGAAUCUGGCCUUGAAGAGUAUGCCACGUAGCAUUCCUCAACCAAGUAUUCUCAUUAUCACAUUCGCCAUAGAGUAUGCUCGUCACCAACAGCAUUUUAUGAGCCUGGAGCCGGUUAUCCGCCAGGAACGAGAAUUCCUCGAGAGCCUCGUCAGCAGAAUCGCUGCACUACAACCCAACUUGCUCCUCGUUGAGAAGAGUGUCUCCGGUCUAGCACUUGAGCUUCUUGAGAAGUCAAACAUCGCCACGGCUUAUAACGUUAAGCCAUCCGUGCUAGAAGCCGUUUCGAGAUGCACGCAGACGAGGAUAAUCACAUCUAUGGAUAAAUUGGUUACAUUGCCGUCACCUACAGGGCACUGUGGCAGCUUUGAUUUAAAGACUUACGUUUAUGGUGGGCGGAGAAAAACAUACAUGUAUAUCUCGGGCUGUGCUAAAGAACUCGGUUGUACAAUUGUGUUACGCGGUGCGAAUAGUGAUGUCCUGUCAAGGGUUAAGCGCAUCACCGAGUUCAUGGUAUAUGUUGUUUACAACUUGAAACUCGAAACAUGUCUUAUGAGAGACGAAUUCGCAAAACUGCCUACAGUAGAGGAUUUCAGCAAUGGUGUUUCGUCGGCUGGGGUGAAACCUGCAACGUCCAGAGGACUCCUGAUUACCGAAACUACUACUGUCCAAGAAGAUGCUUCUUCAUUGGAUGCUAGAGAGGGGAGCAUUGCCACUGCGGCUGUGGAAGUGCCCGAUGAUGUGCCUAUGCCCACUUACUACGAUGAUCUAGUCGAGAAACACGAGACAAAAUUACUCUCUGCGUCGCCGUGUGUCAAAUUCGAGCCUCCGUAUCUCCUCAUGCGAGCACGAGAGCUAGAGCGUCGAGUUUCAUAUCUGGCACGUCUGCGGGAUAGAAUUGUUCAAAGCUCCGAUGAGAAAAAUAAAUCUCAGAAAUUCGUGUUGAUUACGCCUGAGCUCGUUCACCAGAACCCUGAUAAUGCCUCCGCAAAAGUGAGAGAAGUUCUGCGAGCAGUUCAUGAUGCGGAGUUGGAUAGAGCUACGCACAACUAUUUGACGCAGAAGCGUCAAUGGGAAGCCUAUCUUUCGGGAAACUCUAAUCUUUUCGACCCAUACGCUCAUCAGAAUAUCGUUGUUCUCUACAGCCUGGUAUGCACCACAACUUCUAUACCGUGCUCUGGUCCCGAUAUUUUCGCGUUAGAUUUUUACAAUGAACACGAAAGUGAUGACCAGGUCUUUGAGCCCGACUUUACAUUGGGUCAAUACGUGGAAGAUUUGUGCCUCGAAGCCAACUCAGUGUGCACUGCUAAUGGAUGCGAGAACCGCAUGUAUGAACACCAUCGACAAUAUGUCCAUGGGGAGGCGCAAAUAAGUAUAUUUGUGCAGCCCUAUCCUUCAAAGCUGCGUGGUCUACAGGAGACAAUUCUCAUGUGGAGUUGCUGUAAAAUCUGUGGCAACGAGACGCAGGUGAUUCCCAUGUCUGCGAAUACGUGGAGGUAUUCAUUUGCAAAAUACUUAGAGCUGUCAUUUUGGAGUAGAAAUCUCCGCGCCCGGGCCGGGGUCUGUCAACAUGACAUCCAUCGUGACUAUUUACGAUUCUUUGGUUUCAAGGACAUGGCAUUACGGAUUCAUUACGACCCUAUUACACUGCUAGACAUUAUUGUGCCUCGCACCCGGGUCACCUGGAAAGUCGAUAACGACUUGCGCCUACGCAAUGAGGUAUACAACAAGUUUGAACAUCGCAUCUCUAAAUUCAUGUUGUCGGUGAAGAGCAGACUGAAGAGCAUACAUGUUGAGAGUGUCAUGCCGGAGAAAGUUGAAGACUGCAGGAAGGAGAUUGAAAUACUUGUGAAAAAGGCAAAUGAUGACCACAACGGUUUGAUAAGGCACCUGCAGGAGCAGUACAUGAAUUCCCGUUACUGGGAGGUUAUUCCGUUGAAUGGGGUCCUUCGUGCCGUCCAAGAGAAGGUUGUCGAAUGGGAUACGACCUUUGCCGACUUUGAGAGAAACUUCUUCCCUUCAGAAAAGGAUAUCAGACGCUUAGCUUCAUUGCAACUCAAAAAGAUUUUUCUCGACAAGGAUGCUUCCGCCACCUCUCUUACCUCCACCGAAGAGGCACCGACUACUCCAACCGAAAAAGAUUCUACUGCAGUUGAAGGGGAAGUGGAUGGAGAAGCCGAGAGACCAAGAUCAGUGCGCCGCAUGACCCUGUCCCCGGAAAAGGCGCAAGAUGUGCUUGUGUCGGUUGUUGAAGAACAUUCCGGAAAGCCUGACGCGCAGGAUGAAGUGGCAGAGACCGCGGAACCUAUUCCUGAUAUUUGCCCAGCGACGGCUCCGAUAGUACCUGAACCAAAUGUGGCUGACCAAGAAGUAGAACAUCUUGAUCUUGCCGUUCCAACUAACUUCUCCUCGGAGGAACUUCCACUUGAACGCCAAAUUUCAAUAGAUCUACCACAAAUAUCGCGAGUUGCGACGUCACCUCCAGAUGCUGGCCGAAUGACACCGUCUCCAGAACUGUCCAGUCGACCUGGUUCGGGGCUGCGGAAAAGGAGUCUCAAUGAAUUUGGAACGAGUCCCAAGCAGAUAGUUCCAUCCUCUGGCAUUCCUCGACUCGCUGACCAAAACCUCCGACAGCGUGGGAAAGGGAAAUCGCCUCCCAUGAUUCGAGCUUACUCUCAGCCUCUGCAGACGUUACGAGACAAGGGAGCUAAUGGGUCCAGGAGUCUAUUGAAACUGAACUCGGGUAGUUCGACCAAGAAUGCAACCCCUCUCCCAAGCCCUUCACAAGAGAGACCGAAAUUUGGAGAUAAGAAGUUUACUGAACGGAUUUUGAAUAAGACCAAAACUGCUAAUGGCCACUCCAUGAUUCCUCGCUCAAUCACGCCAAAGAGCAAGAGUCCUCGUGUAUCAAGUCUAGCGAGGCAUUUUGAACAGCUGAGCAGGGAGUUUGAAAAGGAAAGACAACGUGAGAGAUUACAAAGAGCAGCUAAAAGCAAGCAUUCACGUGCAUACCCUAUCAUAUCUUCCAAAGCGACCGUUGAGGUCUACAAGAAUGUACGGGAAGCUGUCGAAGAGCAGGAACCAUCUAGAGAAGGCGAAGAUCUCAUGUCUAACGCAGGACGCUCGUCGUCAGAAGGAAAGGCUGACAGGAUCAAUGAAGAAACCCGUGAGAGCGAAGCUGCAGCGGAUAAGGAGCACGUUACUGAAAACCCAGCCUUAACUCCCCCCGAAAAUGAGCCACAUCCCGUCGCGGAAAUUGCGUCAGAGGCAGAGGACGUCCAAAGCGAUGAGGAGCAAAGCUUGACCCUGACUGGAUCUCCUGAAGAAUCGAUAAAAUUGGAGGAUGAUCUGGAUCUCAAAGAACUCCCCAAGCAUGAACGGAAUACUCUGGUCAAAAUGCUCGCUAAUUUCUGGGCUGAACGAUCUGCCAGCGGAUGGCAAGCGCUCGAUUACCCUUUGAAAGUAUCCGAUCACGUAUUCGCGGAUUGCGACAUCAUCGUUCGUGAGGAUGAGCCUAGUUCUCUGAUUGCAUUUGCUCUGGAUUCCUCAGACUACAAGAACAAGCUAGCCACUAUCCAAGAUCACUACGACAAAGAAGAUCGGUCACACGACGAUGUUGCUGGAGUGGAGGCGCGGGACCAGAAUAGAGUGGAAAGUGCUCUCCUACGGCCUACAGGAACCCAUCUCAAGUACCAGUUCCAAGAGGGCCAGGCAAAGAUGUUGUGCAAAGUAUUCUAUGCCGAACAAUUCGACGCGUUACGCAGGAAAUGUGGUGUCGCGGAUCGCAUUGUCGAGUCGCUUUCUCGAUGCGCCAAGUGGGAUUCUAAAGGCGGAAAGACGAAGUCUUUGUUUCUUAAGACACUCGAUGAUCGAUUCGUCCUUAAAUCACUCUCACAAAUCGAAACACAAGCGUUCUUAAAGUUCGCCCCUGCCUAUUUCCAGAUCAUGUCUGAAGCUCUAUUUCACGAGCUCCCUUCAGCAAUCGCCAAGAUGUUUGGAUUUUAUCAAGUCAUUAUUAAGAAUCCAGUCACCGGCGUCGAGUUCAAUUGGUUCUUGCUUCUAAUGGAGAACCUUUUCUACGAUCGAGUACCAACACGCAUAUUCGAUCUCAAGGGUUCAAUGCGAAAUCGCAAAGUCCAGAGUACCGGCGAACGCGACGAAGUUCUCCUUGACGAGAAUAUGGUCGACUUCAUCUACGAGACACCAUUAUUCACACGCGAGCAUUCCAAGAAGCUACUCAGCCAGAGCGUUUGGAACGAUACACUAUUCCUAGGCCGACAAAACGUCAUGGAUUACUCGCUGAUGAUUGCAAUCGACGAACCGCGCAAGGAACUAGUUGUCGGUAUCAUUGACUGCAUCAGGACGUAUACCUGGGACAAGAAACUGGAGUCCUGGAUCAAAGAUCGAGGUUUUGCCGGUGGAGGCAAGAAUAGACCGACAGUGACCAGUCCAAAGGAGUAUAAGAGUCGAUUCCGACAAGCGAUGGCUAGAUAUGUUCUUCAAGCUCCAAACUGCUGGCAUGAAUUCCAUUCCACAUUCUCAGACAACCGCCGCAUCGAAAAUCACCUUUCUCACAUGCAGACACCGAUCGAAAUAGAGACCAGCGAGUUGACCGUUGCAACGAAUAGCGAAUAGACCUUUCUUUUGAUAUACGACUUCCUCAAUCUUUUUUGAUCGUUUCACAAUCGAUUUCUCUUUCACACUUCAUGACGACAGAUUAGUCAUUACUAUACGGCAGAGCAUACAUAAUGCAUGCAUAGCAAACGAUACCCCUUUCACUGUAUCCCCAGCUAUGAGGAACUUUCAAUGUUACAUACAACAUGAUGAAUAUUAUAUUAGAUUAUCGU